AUACCAUUAAAUACGUGAGAUAGCAAACAUUCGCUUAAAUAUUUUACUUUAGUAGUUUGGUUUGAAGGUGCUGUGAGUAUAAUAUCGACAUAGGCUCUGCGUGAGGUUUCUAUUUGAUCAAAAUGAUGUUUAAAACUGCAAGAUUUUUUGUGACAACAUUCCAAACCAGAAAUGCCAGCAAUGUGUCAUUCAUCGGUCUCGGCCAAAUGGGUGCCAGAAUGGUCAAGAACCUCACCAGUAAAGGGCAAGAAGUAAAAGUAUUCGAUAUUGUACCUGCAGCACUUAACAGUGUUGCGAAUCUUAAGGGUACUCAAGUUUGUAGUUCGCCCAAAGAUGCAGCAAAAGAUGCAAGUAUAGUGAUCACUAUGCUUCCCACAGGCGAUAUUGUUAAAGAUACUCUUUUAGCCGAUAAUGGUAUUUUAAAAGGCAUUCCCAAAAAUUCUCUUUUCAUCGAUUGCUCAACGAUAGAACCCAAAAUGGCUCAAGAAUUAUCCAAAAUAUCUAAAGAAAACGGCGUUAGAUAUAUUGAUGCACCGGUAUCGGGAGGUGUAACUGGAGCUGAAAAAGGAACGCUAACAUUCAUGGUUGGAGGAGAUAAAAACGACUUAAAAGAAGCUGAACCCGUUCUUAGUAAAAUGGGAGCUAAAAUAUUUCCCUGUGGAGAUAUUGGAGCAGGACAGAUAGCCAAGCUUUGCAACAAUCUUAUUUUAGGAAUAACUAUGAUUGGAACCUGUGAAGCAAUGAAUUUGGGUGUUAAAUUAGGUUUGGACCCAAAACUUUUAACAAACAUAGUCAAUGUAUCCACGGGUAGAUCAUGGUCUUCAGACACAUACAAUCCAGUUCCUGGAGUUAUGCCUGAUGUACCACCUUCAAACGGAUACGAGGGAGGUUUCAGUGUGCCUUUAAUAGCCAAGGAUUUAGGUUUAGCGGAAGCAGCAGCAUUAAGUUGUGGUACUCCACUUUUAUUGGGGGCUUUAGCUCAUCAAAUAUACAGAGCACUGAUUCUCAAUGGUUACGCCGACAAAGAUUUUGCAGUAGUCUACGAAUUUUUGAAGGGACAAAGUAAAUAAUGAAGACCUAUAUUUAUUUGUUAUAAAUAUGUUUUAAUAAAUUUAUGUUUAUUUUUAAAUAUUCGUAUUGGUAAUUUCGUUUAAAGUCGGUUUUACUCUUGGGGGACGUGUUGCAGACAGAGACAGUAGACUAUAGGUACUAUAGAGGAAAUAAUUCUAUUCAGGACAAAAUAUUUUAGUCACACCGAACCAGUUCGAGCCAUAAGAUUAAAGAAAUAUUCAAAAAUCGUUUUUUGACGGACAGUAAACAAAAAAUUAAAGUAAUACGCUUCAAUUUAAAGUAAUAUUAAGUACACUCUAUGUUACUCCUAGUUUUUUAUGAAUAUUCUUUAAAUUUAAUCAAACAACAAUAUCAAUCAAUCAAAAUUCUGUGUUGAAUUAUAAAAGUCCAAUUUUCGUUUACUGUCUGGUUGUAGUUUUCGAAAGAGGUUUUUAUUUGUUUAAUGUCAUGUAGGUUUUGUUCACGUAGAAUAUAGUAGUUAGAUUAUUCUAAGAUUGCGCCAUGUCAAAAAAUGAUUCAACAAGAUUUUCACCAGCACUUCCUAAUUUUGAAAGAGAAUUAGCUCCAACACACGUAACCAAAUGCCAAAAUAUACAUGAUUAUGCAGAAAAAUUGAGUAAAUUGAAAGAAUUACCCGUGUUUUACGUGUUAUUUUUGGGACUUUGGUGUUUUAGUGUAAUGGACAACAGAUAUAGCUAGUCAUAAUAAAAUAAAUAAAAACUUAUCCUGUAUAAUAACAUAUACCUACUCUCCCUGUCUGAUAUUAUGUUAUACAUUUCUACUCUUAGAUAAAAAUGUGUAAGAGUAUGCCAUAUUCUGGACUGAAAUGAUAUAUUUUUUGGUAUGAAAUGAGUUUUUAUUUGUUACUCCACGGCAAUAUUUAUUUUCCGUUACUUUUAAAUGAAUUUUUAGACGGUAAAUUCAGAACAUACGUUUUGAAUUUAAAGCCGAAUGUUUAUUAGAUUAUAAGGUCCUGAAACUUAAAUACUAUGUUUAUAUGGGAAUAAGCCAUAAUCACCAAAUUGUAAUGACAAUUAAAUUUUACCUGAA